CAUGACCGGGCUGAAGGCGUGGACUCGGUCCCACCAGCUCCAAAUAAAAAGCGACCUCCCCCUCCCCCGGCCAGGAGCCUGGAACCGCCGGCCUGAAGCAUCUCACAGGAUCGUUCACCUGCCGCUCCCGAGGCUCCGCUGACAAGCAGGACAGAAACCCGGACACAAGGUGUCACCUCACCUAGCGUAUCAUCGGAGGCUUGCUGUCACCAUGGAUGUCUCUCCCGUCUCCAAAGUCCCGUCCUGUCAUUUCAUGAAGCCUACACACAAACCCUGCAUACAGAGCUCGCGGUACAUUUUGAGUUCCUCCCAUUAGCACCUUUAGAGCUGAGCCAAGAGGUUCGUUUGUCCAUUUUGUUGUAGAAAUUUAUUUAUAACCACAUAUUACCUCAUAAAUCAAACCUCAGUAAGUCGGCUUGGUUUAACCCGCAAGCGAGGAUGGAUACAACUACUCUGGCGUCGCUGGCUGUUGCCUCCACCGUGGCUCUGGCCUCCCAGUCUGACAUGUCAAGCUACUUGUGGCUGCUGGUGUUAGGCUUCGUCAUCGCCUUCGUUCUGGCCUUCUCUGUGGGGGCCAACGACGUGGCCAACUCCUUCGGCACUGCGGUGGGCUCCGGAGUGGUCACCAUGCGCCAGGCCUGCAUCCUGGCUACCAUCUUUGAGACGCUGGGCUCAGUGCUGCUGGGAGCCAAAGUCAGCGAGACCAUCCGAAAUGGGAUCAUCGACGUGCGGAUGUACAACGGCUCCGAACACGUCCUGAUGGCAGGUUCCAUAUGUUCAAUGUGUGGCUCCGCUGUGUGGCAGCUGGUUGCAUCAUUCCUGAAGCUCCCCAUCUCUGGAACUCACUGUAUUGUUGGAGCCACAAUUGGAUUCUCCAUAGUAGCCAGAGGUCACCAAGGGGUCAAAUGGAUGGAGAUAGUGCGCAUUGUGGCCUCCUGGUUCCUGUCCCCUGUGCUGUCAGGCAUCAUGUCAGGAAUCCUCUUCUAUUUUGUUCGCAAAUUCAUUCUGAACAAGGCGGACCCCGUCCCAAACGGCCUCAGAGCGCUUCCUGUCUUCUACGCCAUCACCUUGGCCAUCAACCUGUCCUCCAUCAUGUUUACAGGCGCACCACUGCUGGGUUUUGACAGAGUGCCAUGGUGGGGUACACUGAUCAUUUCUCUGGGCUGUGCCUUCGUCACAGCUUUGGUCGUUUGGUUCAUUGUGUGUCCGCGGCUCCAGAAGAAGAUCAAGCGAGGAGGAACAGCUGCUGCUCCCUGUGAAACUCCACUGAUGGAGAAGAACUCCAGCAAACCUGCGCCGGCAGAGCAGCCCUCAACAUCUCAUAACCCACAAGCACAGGCUCCUCCUCCACAGGCAGGCAGCCACAAGGUGGCUUUCAAACUUGGGGGCUCAGAGGAAGCUGAUCUGGACAACAAUGACAUGGAAACCAAAGACUUGGAUAUCAGCACUGCUCUGAAUGGCACCGUUGGCCCCAUGAUGAUCACUGACCCUCACAGUGGACGGUCCCACACGAUCCACAAGGACUCUGGCCUUUACAAAGACCUGCUCCACAAGCUACACAUGGCCAAGGUGGGCGACUGCAUCGGUGACAGCGACACAGAAGAGCGGCCCAUCAGGAGGAACAACAGCUACACCUCCUACACCAUGGCCAUUUAUGGGAUUCAGGGAGAUCCCAAACACAAGGACGUGGACAGCGAGCUGCAGAGGAGAUCCAGGGUGGACAGCUACAGCAGCUACAGCUCGGCUGUGACCAGUGGCAGUGCAGUCCAGGACGGGAAUGUGACUGAGGAAGCAGGCAGGGACCUCGCUCCGGAAGAGGACGAGCUGGAGGUGGACCCACCAGCCGUUUCUUUACUUUUCCAGUUCCUGCAGAUACUCACGGCGUGCUUUGGCUCCUUUGCCCACGGGGGGAACGAUGUCAGCAAUGCGAUCGGUCCACUGGUGGGUCUCUGGCUUCUGUAUGAGAGCGGCUCUGUGGUGUCCAACUUACCAACACCCAUUUGGUUGCUUCUGUAUGGCGGAGUGGGCAUCUGCACCGGACUGUGGGUGUGGGGACGAAGGGUGAUCCAGACCAUGGGCAAAGACCUCACGCCCAUUACCCCCUCCAGUGGAUUCAGCAUUGAGCUAGCCUCAGCAGUCACUGUGGUUGUGGCGUCCAAUAUUGGACUUCCUGUCAGCACAACCCACUGCAAGGUGGGCUCUGUGGUGGCCGUGGGAUGGCUGCGCUCCAGGAAAUCCGUUGACUGGCAUCUGUUCAGGAACAUCUUCAUCGCUUGGUUUGUUACAGUUCCCAUCUCCGGGCUCAUCAGUGCGGCCAUCAUGGCUCUCUUCAUAUACGUUAUUCUGUGAGCCUGACUCCACCCGACCGACUGCCACCAACCGUUUUCUUUUGACUAACGGACAGCACGUGAUCCACCUGGUCUGUGUUUACGACGCUGAUGAUAUCGUUCAGUGUAUGAAUGUCCUUGAAUGAUGUAGGAUCUAAUAACACUGUCUGUGUCGUGUACAUCCCUCUGUAUAUUUGUACAAAAGCAGUAUUGUAUUAAUAAUCAAAAGAUUCAGUUUCCACUAAAGAAGCACAGUAACAGUUAUAUUCUAUAUUUGCAUAUUUGACUGAAAUAAAACGAGGAGUUGUUUGAUUUGAUAGGGUUAAACACGUGUGUUUGGCUGUGGAAUGGUUGGAUUAGUGUAAACAAACGCCGCCGUGAGGUAAUUUCAUUUUGAAAUAUGAUUAAACGACUCCUGACAAGGA